GGAAAAAGGGCUCGAUUGUGUAUUACGAUAAACGGGUAUCUUGUUCAAUUUUCGGAUGGUGUGGACUUGGCUGCAAGCUGUAAGCAGCAAAGACGUCAAAAUUACUGGGAAGACAUUGAACGAUCGCCACGAAAACAAAACAAAACAAAACAACAACAACAACAACAACAAAAACAAAAACCCUCUGGGACCCAGGGUAGUAGAUUAUUCACUUUAAAGGACAGUUUCACGGUUCGACGCAUGUGCAAACUGUGACGUAGCCCUACCCAAUUCCAUUGUCUAUAAACCAAUCAGAUGUGAGUACAUAACUCGUUCGUCGGGUCCCUGGUUCGGCCCGUACAACAAUGUUCGAUGUUCAAUUUUAAAUUCGCCAUUUUCUGUCUAAAUCCGUUUAUAUCUUCCGUAAAAUUCGGACACCAGUCAUUCUGCUAGCCUUCGUGUAGCCGUGUAGCUACUCAAAGGCUAUCAUUACGCUUUCAACAAACUAUAAUCUGUAAUUUCUGAAAUAUAGCUUGUUGUUACGAAAACGAAAAUGUACUUUAUGCGUGGGGUCGGAACAUUCCAAAUGAAUUCUAAUGAGAAAUCUCACCUAUAUCGUCAUGUUUUCGCGACUGACCAUGAAAUUUUUCCCAAGAGUCAUUCGCAUGCUUCCGAUUGUUUUAUAAACAAUGAAACUGAAUAAUUAAUAUCAUGUAAUGUUGUAGCUUGCACAUGCGCCGAGCCGUGAAACCCUCCCUUUAAAAUAAUUCAUUACAGAAACUGCCACAGCUGUAGCUAUAAUUUUGAGAGGACAGACGACCAGUUUAGUGCUGAUGUUACUUGUUUAACUCAAUAGUAUCGAGUUAAACCAGAGGGUGAGGAAGAUUGCGUGACGAACCCAAAGAGCGUCUGACGUAAGCAGCUAAUUAAUGCAAAAGUUUUGUACUACUGUAUAAUGUAUGUCGAUAAACUGUUGAUUUUCCUUUUCAAUGUUAUUAUAUUUUCUUUAGUUUAUAUAUGUAAUACCAUGUAUUGUUAUGGAAACACCUUAAUAAAUUGUUGUUUUUGAUGUUAACGUGAAACUUCCAGUAAUAUUAUGUGACAGUUUACAUGUAAUUGUGUGACAAUAUAUCAUAUUUUUAGUUGCGCGAUUCAGGGCAACUCGGAAUAAUAGAAAUCGGAAGUGCGUGCUUGUUCAGUCGAUGUCAUCAGAACAUGUAAGCUGUGAUCAAAGCAAAUGUCUAGAGAAGGUUGUAAGACAAUCAAAUUAGGUUUCGGUAAGCUUUCAGGAGUGCCGCACGUUUAGUAAUUUUAGUGCACAGAAGACAAGCACUGCGAUCUUCAAAACUUGUGAAGUUUGCGAAGCGUGUGAGAAUAUAGUCGAUUAUGAACCUAGAGCUGACUUUUCGUCUCGCCAGACCGACUGACUUCGACGAAAUCCUGAAAUUGUCAGAAGGCAUCUACCAUGGACACGACUAUCUUCCACCGACAUACCAUACGUGGAUGACGAUGGACAAAGUUGCUGUUAUGCUCGCUCAUUCUGGCGACAAGCUCGUGGGUUUGGUUGCGAGUUCCGUUGUCGAUGACGAACGGACAUCCAUCCGCCGAGCAGGACGGACUUUGCCGGAGUUUCGCGGACAAGGUAUUUUUAGUCAGCUAUCACAAGCAAUGAACGAGUUCGUACGAAGACAUUAUCCGAGCGUGUGUCGCGAACGAUUCACAAGUUUAGAGAAUUAUCCUUCUGUGACCAAACUUGCGCAGUUGGACAUUUUGAGUUCUUGCGUCAUAAGGAAGACCGCUCUUCAAUUGCAUCACUUUUCCACAAGUACAAAAUCCAUCCAGAUCGAGGCUUGCACGAAAGAAUAUCUAUGCGAUGUUAUUUUCUCUAGCUCUGGGGCACAGAAAUUGUUCCCAGACAACGUGAUCAUCCUGGAUUUUUUCCCUAUCGAGCCCUCACGAACAAAUAUCGAUUACUUGCAGCAAGAAAGGGAUCUGUACUUUGCCGUCGAGAAAUGUAGCGAUGGUGAUUGUCCAAGAUCAGUCAGCUUCGGGGUAUUGUCGCGAACAGUAAAUUGUAUGCACUGGUAUGUGACCGUUUACACUAGUGAUCCAAAGCUUUACGAAGCUCAUCUUUUACAUCAACUUAAACGAGCCCGUGAAGUUAUCGAUGGCGAUUUCGUAUUCCGCACUUUUCAAGACGAGAAUUUGACACAACACGGAAGAAGAGUGCUGCAGAAAGAGUUACAGCUGGAACUGGAAGAAGGGAUGUCCAAAAAAUCCAUGAAGCUGUACGAAAACAAAUUUGAUUAACGGGGCUGAGCAGGCAAUUUUAGACGAAAAAAAAUAAUUUAUCAGGCUCGAAAGACCGUACUCGUAAAAACAGAACAAAAUCACACUUACUUGGCGCAAAUUUCAAAUAGACACUGAACAUUUAAAAUUCAGCAUUCUUUAUUAAUUUGAUUCCGGCCGGUUUGUUGUCAUUGUAUUUGCACCACAGUGAGAUAUAUCACAUUUAUGUACCUUUCAUAAGUUUAUUUUUAGAAAAGGAUGUAACGCGUUUUGUUUGCAUAAUCAAGAAUUUAUUUUUUAC